AUGUUGCCGCUCAGUCUUUUGCCUCUCAGUGGACGUGACCGCAGCCGUAACGGUCGGCGCACACACAACAAUUAUUAUGAGGAUCGUCAGUGGGAUUUUGGCUGUAAAGACAAAUUCAUCCAGAGAACUGGCUGUUUCUUAUCACAUUAUGUCAAUAACUUUGACCAAGACUUCACAUUCGAGUGUCCACUACACUACGUGAUUACUGGAAUGCACAGCUUCCACAACAACUUCUUUGAGGACAGACGGUGGCAGUUUUACUGCUCUAAAAGUAAGUGUGAGGUCAACAGCACAAACUGUCAGUGGACUCCAUACAUGAACUGGUUUGAUGAGACCUUCCACUGGAAUGUGCCUGACAAUCACGUUCUGGUGGGCGCUGGAAGCUACCAUCAUAAUUAUUAUGAAGAUCGGCGAUGGAGGUACAAGUACUGUGAGCAAAAAUCAUGUUAUCAAGGCUCUGUAUACUCUCACAGUUGAGUGAACCUUGAGAUUAAAAAGCUGAAAAGCUGUGUGCUUUACGCAACCAUAAUCAAAUACAGAUCUCAAGCCAACAC